AGCAAUAAAGAUUUGUAUGUUUCUUGUUGUGUAUCUCAUUAAUAGUGUUCAAUCCAUUGACCACCAUAAACCUCUAACCACAUCAAAAAUCAUAGCCAAGUUGAAUCUAGAGCCAAAUCCAGAAGGUGGAUUUUAUGCAGAAACAUUUAGAGACACUUCCAUCAACAUUUCCACUUCUCAACUUCCCCCUAGAUUCAAGGUUGAUCGUCCUAUUAGCACAGCCAUAUACUUCUUCCUUCCGUCUGGAAAUGUCUCCAACCUCCACCGUAUUCCAAGUGCAGAAACAUGGCACUUCUAUUUGGGUGAACCUAUUACGAUAGUGGAAAUCAAUGAUAGAGAUGGGAGUGUCAAACUCACAUGCAUGGGACAAAACAUCCUAAAAAGCGAACGAGUUCAGUAUACGGUGCCACCGGAUGUGUGGUUUGGUGCAUUCCCGACAAGAGACUAUGACAUAUUGGCUGAUAACCGAGUUGUGAAAAAGGCACCAAGGGACGCAGAAAAACACUUUUCUUUGGUAGGAACAACGGUUGCACCUGCUUUCGAGACUAAUGACUUUGUGUUGGCUAAACGCUCUCAACUCGUUUCUCAUUUUCCUGCUCUUGAAUCCCUCAUCUCCAUGUUUACACCUUCUGAUUAAAAUGCAUUACUAAUUUCAUGCU